AUGGCAGAGCAGUUGGCUGAGAAUUACCACAACACCUGGGGCCGAAAGAAGAAACUGGAGCUGGAGGCCAAGGGGGGGGGCUCCCACCCGCUCCUGGUGCCCUAUGACACCCUGACGGCCAAGGAGAAGGCUCGGGAUCGGGAGAAGGCGCAGGAGCUGCUCAAAUUCCUGCAGCUGCACGGAUACGCCGUGACCCGGGGGCUCAAGGACAUGGAGCUGGACACUUCGUCCAUCGAGAAACGUUUCGCCUUCGGGUUCCUGCAGCAGCUGCUGCGCUGGAUGGACAUCGCCCAGGAGUUCAUUGCACACCUGGAGGCCGUGGUCAGCAGCGGGAGGGUGGAGAAAUCCCCCCACGAGCAGGAGAUCAAAUUCUUCGCCAAGGUGCUUUGGGGUCUCUAUGGAAUAUUUGGGUUUUUUGGGAUCUUUGUGGGGUUUUGGGGUUCUGACAGGUUUGGGGAGCUCUUUAUGGGUUAUUUCGGGUUCUCUGUGGGGUUUUGGGGUCCGGGGUCCCUCUGA